UCUCUCUCUUCUUUUUCCGGAGAGCCCCUUUCAGCAUUUUGAAGUAUCUCAUUCUUUAAUCUUUACUCUUCACAUUCUUCGGGUUAAUUCCUUUUUCUUUUCUCAUACACCUUUCUGGACUGUCUCCUUGGUAAUUAUUUUCAUCAACAUGAUAUUCCUUCCGCUCACAAGAUCGGAGCCAUAGUUUCGACUUCAUUAUUUGUUGAUAAUCCUGGAAAGCUUUCUUUUGGCGGUCAAAUAUUAAUCACUGUGAUUAUCACUAUUGAAACCAUUCAUUGAUUAAAGAGUGACAGGUCCUGUGAAGAUUGUACUCCAAAAUCUGCCUUGAUAAGUGUGGUUGGUUUUCUAUAUGUCCAAAGGUGAAGAUAAAAUGAGUGACACAGUGAACGACUCAAAUUCCCAGGGGAAACGUACGAAUCCAGAAAACUGUAGAACCAAUCACAGUAGAGAUCCCAAUCCUGGAGAUGACCUUUGGACUGAUGGUCUUAUUUGUGCAUUUGAAUUUGUUCGAGGUCGGCGAAGAUCAAUUAAGUCAAAGCACUCAUCAAGGACCUCAGAUAGAUUACAAAUGGAAGGUGAAUAUUCAAAAAUGCUUGAUCCUUUAAAUGAUCUGAUAGAUUCCUCUUCCCCGAGGUUAUAUGGAAACAAGUUAUCAGAUUUGUCAUCUGCAAAUGACUUGAGGGGCAGUAGGUUACAUGCCAUAGAUGAUGAAAAGGACAGCAAGGUCCUUCAGUUUAGUCAAUCCGAUGUCACAGAAAAAUAUGAUGGUAGUCAUUGGGUGCCAAUUGGAUGGGCAAGGAUUUCCGAACUCGUCCAGAAAGUUCAGGUUGAUACAGUCUGGUCCUCUCAACACUUUGAGUUUGCUGAUGAGGAAGAUGAUCGCACUGUGGCUGAUCUGGCAGCUCCCUAUUGGGAGCGUCCUGCUGGGCCUAUAUGGUGGUGCCAUGUUUCUGCAGGUCACCCAAACAUUGAAGCUUGGCUCAGCAAUGCUCAAUGGUUACAUCCUGCCAUUAGUUUGGCUUUGAGAGAUGAAAGUCGGCUGAUAAGUGAUCGGAUGAAACAUCUCUUGUAUGAGGUCCCUGUCAGAGUUGCUGGGGGGCUGUUAUUUGAGCUCUUGGGACAAUCGGUUGGUGACCCUCUUGUUGAUGAAGAUGACAUCCCCAUUGUACUUAGGUCUUGGCAAGCUCAAAACUUCCUAGUAACCGUAAUGCAUGUAAAAGGAUCAGUUCCGAGUGUAAAUGUUCUGGGAAUCACAGAAGUUCAGGAGCUUCUUUCUGCAGGAGGGUACAACGUGCCCAGAACAGUCCAUGAAGUUAUAGCACAGCUUGCAUGCCGCCUUUCUCGAUGGGAUGAUAGGCUAUUCCGUAAAUCUAUAUUUGGUGCAGCAGAUGAGAUUGAAUUGAAGUUCGUGAACAGGAGAAACCAUGAAGACCUGAAUCUCUUUAGUGUAAUUCUUAAUCAAGAAAUCAGAAGGUUAUCAAGACAGGUUAUCAGGGUGAAGUGGUCACUCCAUGCAAGAGAGGAGAUUGUCUUUGAGCUUCUCCAACAUCUGAGAGGAAGUGCAGUGAGAAACUUGUUAGAGGGAGUAAAGAAGAGCACAAGGGAAAUGAUUGAAGAGCAAGAAGCAGUUCGUGGCCGCUUAUUCACCAUUCAAGAUGUCAUGCAGAGCAACGUGCGUGCAUGGUUGCAGGAUCGAAGUCUUCGUGUGACGCAUAAUUUAGCUGUAUUCGGUGGUUGUGGUGUGGUUCUAACCGUCAUUACCGGCUUAUUCGGAAUCAAUGUCGACGGAAUACCUGGUGCAGAAAACACACCAUAUGCAUUUGGUGUGUUCACGGCAAUCUUGUUCUUCGUAGGACUAGUGCUGAUCAUAGUAGGCCUGGUUUACCUAGGGCUGAAAAAUCCCAUCCCUGAGGAUCAAGUGGAAGUUAGGAAGCUGGAGCUGCAAGAGCUGGUGAAGAUGUUUCAACAUGAAGCUGAGACUCAUGCCCAAGUCCAUGGGAGGAACGUUUCAAGGAACAACUUACCCCCUACUGCUGCUGAUAAUCUGCAGAAUGAUGGAGACUACUUCAUCAUACAUCGUUAGAAGACAUGAUGCUUCUUGAUUGUCAGUACUAUGAAAUCGUAUUUCAUUCGAUAUAUAAUUUUCAUCUGAAACUAUUUAUUGAUGCAAGCAUUGCAUGGGAUAUUUUCUAGUCUGAUGGUAAAAAUCGUUGGAACAAUAGAUUUCUAGCAUGUAAAUUCAAAUAUAUAAUGUCAGGUAAAAAAAAUUCAAAUA